AUGCCUACGAUGAUUUCCGAAUCUUUCCAUGAUGCAGUUGACCAUCAAAGGUGCUAUAUACUCACCGUCUAUGGUUUCAAAUCCGCAAUUCUGAAUUGAGUAUAUGCAUGUAAAUAUGUAUUUUAUUUCUUGUAUAGUCAUCGUGACCUGAAACCUGAAAAUCUUUUACUCGAUGAAAAACAUAACAUAAAAGUCGCCGAUUUUGGAAUGGCCUCAUUACAGGUAAGAUUGUUAUUGAAAUUUUCAUGACUGGCUCUUCGAAAAACUAAUUUAUAGUACAGUGUGCACUGUACAGUAUAUAGAUAGCUAUUACUCACUUUUUAAUACAUACAGUAUAUAUUCACAGUAUCUAACGUAUCUUUCACUUCUCAUCAAUAUAAUUAUAGCAGUAUCACUGUACAGACAUACAGCAGCUGGGAAAUUUGUUGCGCAUGCGUCAACUCUAACUUACAUGGAGACCACGCAAUUAUUAUCGCGCGUGGUGCCGUGGUGGCGGGAUCUUUAAAUUCGUAAACAAAAACAUGUCCGGCAAAUUUUUUAUCUGUGUCUUGUUUCUUUGGCUUGUUUUGAACGCUGUUUUUGCAGUUCCAAAUAAAAAGAACCUUUAUUGUGCCGUGUGUGGCAAAUGCUGCAAACAAAAUUUAAAUACUACAAGAAAUAGCCUUCCACAAAGCGCUCUUCUGGAGAGUUGCUUCGGUGUUUCGUGCGAAUAGACAGGGAUAUUAUGUUCUACUUGUCGAAGAGCUUUGUAUAUAUACAGAACCACAGGAAAAACGUCCUUUCAGGUAAUUUUUUUACAACUUUUAAUAAGCCAAGUGGCAUGUAAAAUUUUACAAUUUUUAAUAAGCCAAGUGGCAAGUAAAACUCAAAUUAUACUAAAAAGCACAGUGCCCAAUUUGUUUUGGUUUUAUUAAUAUGCUAGUUGGAUAAAUCAAAUAAAAAAGAUAAAGCAGGAAGACCAAAGAAAAAACAUCGAACUGUCCCAGCUAGAAUUUCGUCGGACAACAAUAAUGAGGGAUGGGUGGCAGAAGACACAUGCUUUGGAGUGUUACAGAGAGGGGCCAAUGGAGAAGUGCUUAUGCCAGCAGAAAUGUAUGAUGAUAUUCAGAUGCAGUUCAACUCCAUGUCCGGAA